AUGGUGAAGGUCAUAUCCGCUUUACUGGAUGAGUUUGAAGCUGGAUAUCGACAAACACGUGAACAUUUCAUACUCGCAAAGGCUCUUGGAGUUUCAAGGUUUGUUGUUCUUAUAAACAAAAUGGAUGCUCUUGGGUGGCCGGAAGAAAGGUAUGCUGAGAUCAAGUUGCAAAUGAGCUCAUUUUUGGUGUCGACUUUACACAAACUAGCGAUGGAAGGUGAUAAAGCAUCUCUUGUUGGUUUAUAUGUCGUGUUCCUUCCGAUUUCUGGGCGGUUGGCUUUAAAUCUGGAAACUCCAGUUGCAAAAGCAUGUCCAUGGUGGGAUGGUCCAUGCCUAUUGGAUGUCCUUGAUACGGUCAAAGUUCCACCUCGAGAUCCUAGGGGUCCACUGAGAAUUUCUAUAAUUGAUGUAUAUACCCCUGAUGGAACCCCAGAGGGGACUCCAUUUGUCGAGGUUACCGGGAAGGUUUUGUCUGGAACCAUACGUGAAGGUGAUGAGUUAGUUGUGUUGCCAAACCAGGUGGAUGUUAGAGUUGAAUACAUCAUUUUCUUUGGAGAUGAGCCCAAUACAAGAUGUGCAGGCCCUGGUGCAACAAUACAUGUCGGGUUACGUGGAGUUGUGGAAGCUCAAAUCUCCCCCGGCUUCGUCUUAUCUGAUAUAGCAAGUCCAGUACAUGCAGCUACAGAGUUUAAUGUAGAAUUAGAGUUUCUGGAAGGGCGGCCACACAUUGUUCGUAUGCAAGACUACUUCAGUGGUGUACUGUAUAUUCAUGCUAUUGAGGUGGAAUGUCAUGUUUGGCUGUCGUAUCAGCUUGAUCACCCCCUUCAAUACUCUCCGGUUGGCCAUAUGUGUUCAACUGAUAGGUUACAUGAUUGGGAUCUGGAGGAGUACAAUAUCUCUUAUUGUUGUCGUCCGUUUCUUCAGAGGCAGAGGGAGGACGGUGUUAAGUUCCUUGGCCAUAUUGAGGUGGAUAAUGCUAUAUGUAUAGAUCUCAAACAAGGACCUGCUGGAUUUGUCUUGAUUCGUAAUG